AUGCAAGGAGACGACAAACGGUGCCAGAAGUACGAUCCUGCAUUUUCAGAUGUGGAUUGGUGGCCGAGCGUCCAUUUAGCGCCUCCCACCGAGGCGGACGUGCUCAAGGUCGUUACGCUAGCCGGAAUUAAAACGAGGUCUUCGAGAAUUCAAUAUUUAACUGCUGCAGAGCGUCUGUAUCAGCAGCAACAAAAUGAGAUUCUCUUGCAGGGAUUUAUCAAAUGUUUGAAAACCGCUUCGGAAGCUGAUAGCAGCGACCACAGGAACAAAAGCACAAUUACAACUGCGAGGAACUUAUGCUGGCGAGUCCUGAAUUUAAGGGUCAUGCUGAAUGCACCUAGCGAAGGCGAUGGCUACGCGGCGGACAAGUCGCGGUUCACGUCAAUGGAGGAUGUCCCUCUCCUAGUUAUGUCCAUGACAAUUCUCGCACUGCGUACGCUAAGAACCAUGCUGCGCGAGCAAUCCUUGGAAUGGACGUUCUCGGAUCCGCAGAGCAGCAGCCGUUCUUUGACCCUGAAUUUUGAUCAGGUCUCGGGAUCGGCCCUACUGAUACCUCCAACCUAUUCCAUCACCCCGAAGGAAAUAUGGAGCAUUUUUGUGGAAACGAUGGGCUAUCUCGGCAAUCGGCACAUCCCUCUAUGGCUAGAUGACGGUCUGGACGACACUUGUCUGUUCAUCAAUUUUACUUCACAGGGGGUGUCCGAGGUCGAAAGCCUCACGAAGGCGGCGUUGAUUGACGCGUGGAUCAGCCUAAUCAACGACAUCGGGUCGACUAACAUUCCCCGCGCGUUUCGAAUAGCGCCCUACACGCACUGCCUGACUGCCUUGAUGAACAUGCAGCAGGACGCGAAGUCCCCGGACCACGAAAUGUCCGUCGUGACGACCACGUCGGCCACCAACAUAAUUAUGUCGGCGACCUCCGAGUUGUGCGACAACCUGGAGCAGUCUCUCCGGGUCAUCAAGAGCGGGCGGUACAUGCUCACGAACGUGCUGCAUCGUGGGAUGUGGUCGGUCGACUUUUGCCAAGGCGUGAUGCGCCAAAUGAACGCGUACCUGUGGAGUGCGACGGCCACGCUGAACGCUGCCGAUCCACCACCGCAGCGCUCGCAGCACAUGAUCGCAGCUAUGCGGCUGUGUCGCCUCUUGUCGCUGACCUAUGACAUGCAGGCGCGGGUCAUGCUGAUCACGCUGGAUCUCCUGAAUCAGACCACGCGGCAACGCACGCCGGUUGCGAAGCACCCCAGUUUGGCUGGCGUGCGACAACGUGCCCUGAUCCCCACACUCAAGACCCAGCGACUCACCGCUGAGGACGGACAGCUGCUGGUCGAGGACCUCUUGGUUGCGCUCAAAAAAAUCGUCGACGGGGGCCAGAGCGAACGCAACAUGGAACUGAACGCGAUCAAACGCAACAUCGUGGCGCUGGUCCGCAGCGGCCUCCAGGCCAUCCGCCUGCGUAUUGGCGCUCCGCACCUGGUCACCUGCGUCCAGCCGCUCCACCAGGCCGCGCCCCUCCUCGCCACCGUCGCUGAACUAAACGACGAACUCGCCCACUGGCCGCCAGCCCCGACCGCCGCUCAAAAGGAGCCCGCCCCGCCAGCCGCACCCAAACAACGCCCCGCCGGGAAACUUGUCGCAGUGGCCUUCGCGCUCUCCGUCAUUUGCAUAACUUUCUGGUACUUGAGAAAAGAGCUGAACGAGCUCCAUCACUGGCUGGCGUUGCUUCCAGAAUACGAGUCAGUGAUGACCGACUAG